CGCCAGUGCAAAAUUCUCGUCAUCGUCGAGCAAGAAGGUAGCUGGAAGCCGGCUACCGGAGAGUAAAGGCCAGUGAUUUUCCACCGGAAAAUAUAUAACUUAUUCAGAAAAUCAAGAAAAUGUUUCUCGCUAUAUAUAGGCUGGAUGCGUAAUUACAAUCAAAAUUGGGAGUAAGUUCAUGGCGUGCUCUCAAAUGCAACCUUUCUUCUGCAGAACUCUGUUUUCAUUCGGAAGGAACUUCUCAGUAAUUACCCCGAGGGCUGUUUUUAUUAACAGUUCUACCACUCCCGGUUUCAGAUAUCACUCUCCAGCAGCUAAAUUCAAAAGGGGUUAUUGUGCUUUAUCUUCUGCUACUAAUAGUAAUGUUGGUGGUACUACUGAAAGUGAAAGAGUUGUUCAAAGAAAUGUGCUUUUGGAUUCCGAAGCUCAUCAUAAAGAUGGGCAAUUAAAACCUGACUCUGGGAAUGGCAGAGUAAUGCUGAUUGAUGGGACAUCGAUUAUAUACCGGGCUUAUUACCGACUUCUUGCUAAAUUGCACCAUGGUCACCUUUCCCAUGCUGAUGGCAAUGGAGAUUGGGUCUUGACUAUAUUUACAGCCUUGUCACUUAUUAUUGACGUGCUUGAAUUUAUUCCGUCACAUUUGGUGGUAGUUUUUGACCAUGAUGGAUUUCCAUUUGGUCAUACUCCUGUUACAUCCAAACAAAAUUUUAUUGCAAAAGGCCUCAAUUUUCGUCACACUAUGUACCCUGCAUACAAAAGCAAUCGCCCUCCUACACCUGAUACUAUCGUUCAAGGACUUCAGUUCCUCAAAGCAUCCAUAAAAGCAAUGUCCAUCAAAGUGAUUGAGGUACCCGGGGUUGAAGCUGAUGAUGUAAUUGGGACAUUGGCUGUUAGGAGUGUUGAUGCUGGUUACAAGGUCCGAGUUGUCUCUCCAGACAAAGACUUCUUUCAGAUUCUAUCCCCUUCAUUACGUCUUUUACGAAUUGCUCCUCGUGGAUUUGAGAUGGCCUCAUUUGGGAUGGAGGAUUUUGCUAAGAAGUACGGAGGAUUGCAUCCAUCUCAAUUUGUUGAUGUGGUCUCGCUUGUGGGGGAUAAAUCUGAUAAUAUACCAGGAGUUCACGGGAUUGGUGAUGUUAAUGCUUCUCAGCUGCUCUUGAAAUUUGGAACACUUGAAAACUUGCUCGAUUGUGUUGAACAAGUUGAGGAUGAGCGAAUCAGGGAGGCAUUAAUAUCAAAUGCCGAACAGGCUAGAUUAAGCAAGAAUCUGGCAUUGUUACGCUGUGAUCUUCCAUCAUACAUGGUCCCUUUUGCCCCUGACGAUCUGGUAUUUAGAAAGCCAGAGGACAAUGGAGAGAAAUUUACAAGCCUCUUGACAGCUAUAAGUGCUUAUGCUGAAGGAUUUUCAGCAGAUUCCAUAAUUCGAAGAGCGUUUUAUCUAUGGAAGAAGCUGGAAAGGCAAUAGAUGAGCUCCAAGAUUAACAAGUUGCUAAUGGAAGUCUUCAAUUCUUUGGUGAUUAUUGUUAAAAAUUGCAGAGUUGUUGGGUUGUUGUAUAAAGUAGUCACAAGCAAUUUUGUCUGUAAUUAAUUUACUCAAAAUUCUAUAUAGAUGAAGGGUACUUAUAGUGGUUCUUCUUUUGAUACUA